UAAACAUAAGGAACUCUUGAGCGCUUGGAAAUUGAAUGCAGCUUUGAGCUCCAAAAAUACAAAAGAACGCAGGUAGAGAGAGGCCUCUCUCUUAUCGCAACACUGAAAUCUUCCUUUCUCCUCUUCGCCAAUGGCAUAAAGAAGCCAUUUGUGUUUCCCUUACCUUCCAGUCCCAGUCGCUGCGUCUAAUUAUUACUCACAAUGGAUAUUGGCGGUGGUGGAGGCAGCGGUAGAGACAAGGGUUUGCCGCCGGUGACCAAACAGUCAAAAUUUGCAGUGUAUCAAAACGCGACCUUAUCCGCUGCUUUAACUGCCAACAGCCUCCAGCCCUCUAAAUCCGCCCUCCUCUUUAUCUUCUUUCUCUCCUCUGCCUCCGCUUUCGCUCUAUUCUCUGUUAUCUCCAGGGAAAAUGGACUGAUUGAAACAAUGAAAUGCACAAAUUUUCCCCUAGAAGCAGCUUAUAUAUUCUCGAAAGUCUUACAAGCUUUGGUGGGUUUAGUUUUUAUUGGAUCUUUAUUUGCCUUCUUCAAAGCCAUCUCUUGGCAUAGAGGAAAAUAUGCUGCUGGUGUUCCAAUAAAAUCUCCCUCUAAAGAAACUAAGGAUCAAUCACUUCUAACGACCCGUCAGCUGGGGCUUUUGGGAUUAAAGCCAAAAGUUGAAUCAGUUAUAACUGAAUCUUCAAAGAAACCUCCCAAGUCCAAACCUAUAUUGUCUGCUUCAGAUGUCCUUGUCCCAAUUCACCAACAAAUUACCAGUUCCCAUCGUAAUUCCCGAGUUGGCUCUGAUAAAUCAAAUGCUGGCAGUGCAAAUAAGAUUACUUCUUUUAGCACCCCAUCCAAAUCACAGAGUUCUCCAUCCUCUUUAUACCUUGUUGCUGGGGCUAGUUCACCUCUGCCUUCUACUCAAUAUUCUCCAGGGAUGGAUUCAGCAGUCUCAACUCCUUGGUCAGGCAAGCGAACCUCCUCUACUAAAGAGAUAGCCACAGAAGAACAGCUUGAGCAGUUCUUGGCAGAAGUAGAUGAGAAAAUUGCAAUGUCAGCUGGGAAGCAAGCAACUCCACCCCCCACAAUUAGGGGCUUUGGUGUGGCUAGUCCUAAUACGGUAGCUAGUCCAGCUAAUACAUCUGGAACUAAGAGGAGCACACCCUUGCGACCUGUGAGGAUGUCUCCUGGUUCACAGAAGUUUACCACCCCACCUAAGAAAGGAGAGGGUGAACUUCCUCUACCAAUAUCCAUGGAAGAGUCUAUUGAAGCUUUCAAGCAUUUGGGCAUCUAUCCUCAGAUUGAGCAGUGGCGUGACCGCCUCAGGCAAUGGUUUUCAUCAGUUGUGUUAAAUCCUCUACUAAGCAAAAUUCAAACCAGCCACUUUCAGGUAAUGCAAGCAGCCGCCAAACUUGGUAUUUCAAUCACAAUUAGUCAAGUGGGAUGUGAUUCACCAACUAGUGGAACUCCUGCUACUAUGUCUUCAGUUGAUAGGAAGGAAUGGCAGCCAGCAUUCACACUUGAUGAAGAUGGACUUCUCUAUCAAUUACGUGCUACGCUUAUGCAGGCCCUUGAUGCUUACAUGCCUAAGUUGCCUCUGGCCAACCUGCAACAGUCGCCACAGCAAAAUCCUAUGAUCCCUAUCAUGCAGGAGUGUGUGGAUGCCAUUACUGAACACCAAAGGCUUCGUACAUUGAUGAAAGGAGAAUGGGCCAAAGGUUUGCUACCGCAUAUCAAUGUUCCUGAGGAUUUUAUGGUACAGAGGAUUCGAGAGCUUGCUGAAGGAACCUGCUUGAAGAAUUAUGAGUAUCUGGGAAGUGGAGAUGUGUAUGACAAAAAGAAGUGGACUCUUGAGCUUCCUACAGACUCGCACUUACUCUUAUAUUUGUUUUGUGCUUUCCUGGAGCACCCAAAGUGGAUGCUUCAUGUGGAUCCUGCAUCUUAUGCUGGAGUGCAGUCUAGCAAGAACCCCUUAUUCUUGGGGGUUCUUCCUCCAAAAGAAAGGUUUCCUGAGAAGUACAUCUCCGUCAUAUCUGGUGUUCCUUCCACUCUUCACCCAGGGGCAUGUAUUCUGGUUGUUGGAAAGCAAAGCCCUCCAAUCUUUGCCUUGUACUGGGAUAAGAAACUACAAUUCUCUCUUCAGGGAAGAACAGCAUUGUGGGAUACCAUCUUGCUUUUGUGCCACAAGAUCAAGGUAGGAUAUGGAGGCAUAGUUCGGGGUAUGCAUCUUGGUUCGUCAGCCUUAAGCAUACUUCCAGUUCUGGAGUCAGAAACUGAUGACUGACUAUUGCAUUCCAGCUCGAUAUGGCAAUGAAUGAUAUGAUACAAGUCUCAUCUCAAUGGUUAAAUGCGCAAGUUCGCUGGACCGCCUAAAAUCUUUCUUGCUACAAAAGGGUUGUCCAAAAUUUUGGCAAUGUACUUAUGCAGUCCACUGAUGAUUGGCCAAAGAAAUUAGGCAAAAAUUUGCCGGCAUUGUACUUCUUCGAAGCUUUUUUCCCCUACACCUGCCUUUUUUUGGCGUUAAUGUUUCCAAAGCCGAAAAGGAGAUUAAAAAAUAUUAGUCAUGUAGAUUUUCAGGCUAAUGUUCUGUUUUGAUUAAUCCAUGGUGAUUUAGGGUACUCUUAAAAUGUUCCAAAAACAAUUGCUAGACGAUGAUUUUAAAAAUUAAAAUCCUUUGUAUCGUAUGAAA